CAGAACAUUUUAAUAAUCCAAAAGAAAUGUACGAGUCAAUACAUGAAUAUACACCUUAAGGUUUGCUAAGGAUGAAAAAGCUUAGCGUUCAGCCAUUGUAACUUUGCUGUAAACUGGUGUCUGGUCGUUUGAUGAUUUGCUUCGUUUUCUUACUGGACUAACGAAAUCAUUCUUUUUUUUCUGUUUAUUACUGUGAAAGUAUUUGAUAACACGGAUUAAUCAUGAGUGAUAGACAGAGUAAUGGUGAGUAUAAGUAUCAAAGAGAUGAAAAUGCCGACGGGAAGGUAAGAGCAUCAUCAGAGAAGGAACGUGAUGAAAAGGAACAUCAAGUUGACAAAGCCGGGGAAUAUGUUCGGGAGCUAUUGCAAGAAAAAGUUGACUUGGAUUCGCAGAAAUGGCCUAAUGCAACUAGGCUACUCGAUCAAGAAAUUCAGAAAACUCAAGCUAUUGGAAAGCCAAUAAGGGAUCCAAAAUAUGUGGAUAUUUAUCGUGAAAAACCAAUACGUGUUUCAGUCAAGGUCUUGGUACCUGUUCGGGAACACCCCAAGUUUAACUUUGUUGGAAAAUUAUUGGGUCCUAAGGGUAAUUCUAUGAAACGUUUACAAGAAGAAACAAUGUGUAAAAUGGCUGUGCUAGGACGAGGAUCAAUGAAGGAUCGUCAGAAGGAGGAAGAAUAUCGUAUGUCUUUGGAUCCGAAAUACGCUCAUCUUUCGGAUGAUCUUCACGUUGAGAUAACAGCUCUAGCACCUCCUGCAGAAGCUUACGCCCGUAUCGCGUUUGCGUUAGCCGAAGUUCGGAAGUACUUGAUUCCCGAUAAUAAUGAUAAUAUACGUCAGGAACAAAUGCGUGAAAUGGAGAUGAGUAUGAACGAUGAUCCGUCAAAUGCCGAUGACAGAAGACCCAUGAGGGGCGUACCAAGCGGUGGUAUAUUGAGGCCAACUGCAAGACCUACGAUGCCACGAUCUUCAAGAGCGGCUAUACUUCCACCACCCUCGAGUCGAGGACCAGUUUCACGUCAAGUAUCGGCAAAGAGUAAAGUAUUUUCCAUUUUGGAUCGUGCUAGAGUUGCUAUGGAUCAAAGUUAUGGUUAUGAGACUGCUACACCUCCUCCGAGUAAUCGCGUUGGUUCUCAUCACGAUUAUGAUUAUCACACGUCAACUGGCAGUAGUAGUCGGUACGGAGACCGACAUUAUACAUCAGCAUCGGGACAUAAUAUGUUCCCUUCCUCGAGGUACACGACUUACGAGUACGAUGACGAUGCUGUUCCGCACUCUUCACACGACUACUACGAAACGUCUGAAUACCCAGGUGUAUAGAAAAAUAAGGGAGAUCGCGCGGGAACGCGUUUUCUUGGAUCGAAAUAUUUUGAUCUCCUUCUGUUUCUCUGUUCAGUGGAGUUUCAAGUGCCUUGAUAUCACGUGAGUAUUGCAGUACCAUUUUACAAUUUCAUUUUUGAGGGACUUCUGUUACGGUACUUGACUUUUUUUUGUUAACCUCUUAGGCAUGGUGGAACUUUAUGCAGCGUUGCUUUUCUAUGAUAGAAUUUGACGCGAAUUAGUAAACAGCACUACAAUGUGUAACAAUGCUGUUCUCUACGCGAGUACAUUGGAAUGAAGUUUUUGAUGAUUAAAUUAUAAUUUUUCCCAAAGACAUGAUACAUAUACUUUAACCUUGAUAAUUUACUUUUUUAGAAAAUUCACAAAAUCUGUAAUUUCCAAAUGUUUUCAAUAUCGCACUAGUGCAAAGAGGCGCUGCCAUAGGGCAUAAACUACUUGGCAUUACCUUUUAUUCACAUGUAAUGUACGUUUGUGGGAUUUGUUAAUACUCUUAUAGAACGUGGUGAAGGCAAAAAAGUGUGAAUCAAAACAUAUGAAAUUAUCAUUCAAUUGGAACGAGCGAAUCAGUAGAGUGAGCCACGGCGCUAUGUAAUCUACGAUGACAUUCAAAAGCCACUAUAGUGGACCGCCGUACAAAGAUGGUACCCCAAGCCACUAUAGUGGUGCGACGUGCCUAACAGCUAACUGAUUACUAUUUUAAGUAAUUUUAGAAUAACCAAUACUCAACCACUGGUCUUGAAGUAUAUGAGCAUCAUAACUUCUGAAAUUUUAAUUAAUAAUGUUGUUGAUAAAAUAUACCGUAUAAUACAAAAUUGUAUCAGUCUUGUCACAGUUAUACCACAGUAAUAGUGGCGCAUAGUGCCUAAGAGGUUAAUCGAACUUGAUGACGUUGGCGUAACUAGGUGCGGAGAGGGGUGAAUAUUUGAUCCUCUCAGAAAAAGGAUUAACACGUGUCAGAAGUUUUGAUAUUUCCUAAUUUUCUCAAACUAAAAUUCUCAAGGUUCUCAAUCUCCAAAUUC